AUGGACUUCCAGCUUGGAAAAUGCGGCGAUAAUAAUUCCAGCACCGCCGUUAUGGGCGAAUUUAUCAACACUGACGCUCAAGACUUGGAAUGGGCGAUCGGAAUAAAUCGGAUUUCUCUGAAGAUCAUCGGCCUCUGGCCAAACGAGAAGUACAAUCGUUGGCAAAAACUUGUGGCUAAUCUACGCGCCAUCGUUAUUUUUUUCACCAUGUUUUGUGUAAUAGUCGUACCCGGAAUAAUAGCGUUAUUGAGGAUCUGGGGUGAUAUGAUGGCCAUGGCAGACAAUAUGCAAAUCAGUCUGCCCUUCUCAGUGAGCGUCAUGAAAUUUGUGAUUAUGUGGUUCCGCAAGAAAGAUCUCGAACCGGUCAUAAACAUGAUCGUGGAGGAUUGGCUAAGGACGAAAACUGCACAAGAACGAAAUAUUAUGAUAAAACACGCGAGAUAUGCCAGAACAAUGGUCAUAUUCGGAUGUAUCAUGAUGGUCAUCGCUUUAGUCGUUGUCAUCAUUGCUCCUUGCUUCGGAUACACGAUGAGAUAUCUAACAAAUUUGACAGACCCGGGAAGACCGAUGCUGGUGCAAACGUAUUAUUUGCGGGACAUAACGGAGACCCCAUACUACGAAAUCGUGAUCGCCGCCCAGGCUACGGCGAACUUAAUGGCCGCGAUUUCUUACACGGGCCUCGAUACCUUUCUGUGCUUGCUUGUAUUCCACAUAUGCGCUCAAUUGGAGAUUCUUAAGAAUCGAUUGCUCAAUUUGGACAGCUUCAAAAACUUUAGCACCGGAUUGUCCUUCAUUAUCCAGGAUCAUCUACGUCUCAUUAGGUUGUAUUAA